UAUUUGUGUUUCAGCUUUUUUAUGUAAAUAAAUUUUACAUUCCAACCAUGUUGGUACCACGUACCAUCCCAAAAUGUGCAGCGUGGACUGAUGACUUGAUGAAGAAAAGGGUGCAUGCGGAAUUGCAUGAUUAUGGUGAUUUUGGCCUAGCUGAUGUUCAAGAAGAUGAAAGGGAGGAAAAUGCACAUGAAGACCCUGGUAAUCCAGUAAAUGAAGUUGAAGAAGAGACUACUGAUGAAAUUAUAGCAGAAUAUAAUGCAGCAGAGAGACAAAUUCACCAAUUGCUUCGAACAAUGAGAGGAGCAAUUGGUAAACUAGCAAAGCGGCAUAAUACAAAUAAAACCCCAUCAUCUUCUCAUCAAAGCAGAAGUCAUAAUCAACCUGAUAUCAAUGAUUCUUUCCCAUCACCAGCACAUGCUUAUGGAUCGCCACUGAAUGAUCGUUUUGCUGAUGGUGAAGAUAAUGUAGGCCCAUCAACCUCACAGCCAGCAGCGCAGCAUAGCAUUGAGGAUGAAGUUCAGAUGAAUGCUAUUAUUCCUUACGAGACCGGACAUCCUCCAAUACGUUCAUAUCGGCUACGUCGACAUGCUACUGCCCUACAAUCACCAUACGUGGUACAACCGUCAAUCAAAUUUUCAGCGUCUUCAUCUAUAGCAAAGCAAGUUUUGGCAUAUGCAUUGGACGAUACACGUGAUGAAAGCCAAAUAUUAUGUUCCAUGCACAAUUUCUUCUUGACAAGGUUUGACUUGAAAUGCUUGGGACCCGACAAAUUGGUUGACAAAAAGGUUGUAACCAUGCAUUGUCGAAUUUUGAAUGGUAUGGAUAAAGAAAAUAGGAAGCAUUUCUUAUCUCCAAACUUUGUGGUAAGAUAUGUUGUAAGAAUUAUAGAUUGGUUUUCUUGUUUUACGUAGAUUGUUUUAAUCUA